CCCUUGGGGAAACUUGCAUCAACGGCCACUGAGGAUAUCAACUGUCAAAACUUACACGCUACUUUAGAUAUAUACAAUAUUUCAAAUGAUCCUCGAUAUCGUAGAGAUCUGUUGUAUUUGAUGGAUUUAAACGUUUAAUCAAAAGUCUCGCGCGAGAAGAUAUGGGCAAAGAAAUAAAAUCCGAAACAAAUAAGGAUCAAAGUUUGAAAUUAAACGAAUUUUGAAUUUUCGAAGAAUUUACAUCGAUUUAUCGAACAAUCAAAAUCCUUUCGAUAUUAUUUAUCUGAUAUAAUAUAUAAUAUAAUAUAAUAUGUCAUUAAUACAUCAUAUAUGUAAAUAAAUAUAUUCAUAAACGUUAUAAAAAGUGAUGAUCUAUCUUAUCCAGACGAAUGACAACGAGCUUAUUAAAUUACGUCAUUGUCACGGUGAAAAUUUAGAGAGGAAAAUUCUUAUAACGAGUCUUGAGGAAUAAAAAUACGUGAGAAAAACGGUGAAUAAAAGCUCGAUACGAUUUGAAAUUAAAUCAAGCAGAAAGAGAAUAGUGGUUCGUAAACAAUUACGAGAUUCUAAAGUUAUUAUCCAAUUUGUCACUCGACGGGGAGGUGGUGGAAAAAGUAAGACGUCGACGACGAAUAUCACAUUAAACGAAAGUCAUAGAGGAAAAAGAGAGAGGAAGAAAAAUUAAAGGAAAACGAAUAGUUUUGGGAAAAUAGAAGGGAGGAGAUCGUUGGGACAUUUGGAUCGAAAAAUCAAGAAAACUGUUUCGAUUAAGAAAAGAGGAUCUUCGGCGUCGUACCGAAAAUAUUAUUAAAAUUAAAUCAGACGGCGGGGUAUCGACGUUUACAUGCCUCGCACCGAUCUUCUGACGUUUAGGUGGCACGAAAGAUCGUCGCCGAUUCGAUUCGUCAUCGACGUCUAAGUUUUCCAAAGAGGGAAGCGAAGAAGACGUCACGGUGUGUGGGUUAGGGCGAAUCCUCGGCUACAUCGGCGGAAGACCGUCGGUGGGGGCCGCCGCUAUGUCACAGUCUGGAUCAGGAGGUCUAACUGGAUCACAGGGUCAAAGUAAUCAAAACGGACAGACGAUGGAAAAUCAACAGACAGAUUGUAAUCAAAAUGGCCGGGCCGAUCCACCGACGGAUACAACGAAGCAAGAUCUUUCCAAUGGUUUUGAGAAUCGAACGUUGGAAUACGAACGAUUUUCGCAAGAGAGAAAUCAACAGCAGGGACAAACGACUGUGCAGAAUCAAGAUCAACAACAGCAACAAUCGCAACAGCAAGUUCAACAGCAGCAGCCGCAACAGCAGCAGCAACAACAAGAUCAACAGACCGGACAAUAUCCGUCUGGAAGAAGGCAAUCGGUUGUGGGGGUACCGGAAGAUAGACAUCCUCAGACGGGUCAGCUACCACCUCAGCAAUAUACCGUAGAAAAAACGAACGCUGAUAGAGUCCAACACGUUUCUCAAACUAGCACGCAAACCGUCCCCGUACAAGCUCAUCCUCAAUUUGCCCCGGAUUAUGAGCAAAGUCAAUAUCCACAAAUACGUGGUCAAUUUGAUGUUCGCUCGCAGAUAUAUCCUCAGCAAGCUCAAUACGCGGAGAGGGCUGGUUACGUGACCAGAGACAUUACGUACAGAGAUCCAGCAUUGUAUGGUCAGAGCACGGUUGCCAAUCCGAUAUUCGCGAGUCAAAGUCAGUACGUUACUGUCCAGCACGGAACACAGAUACCCUCUCAGUCGGCCAGUCCACAGCCACCCUAUUUUGCUGGCGUGGUAGUACCUCAACCACCCGGAUAUACACAAUUUAGUAGUCAACCCCAAUAUCCAUAUAGUCAGUACCCUCAAACUGUUAUGAACGCGGUCCCGUACAAUCCUCACGCAGGCAUCUAUCAAACUCAACAAUUUGGCCAACAAUCGCCCAAUCCACAGAGAUUCACUCAAGAAUUGAGUCAAUAUCAAACUCAACCGAUCAUUCAACCAAUCGCUCAAAAUGUCGCUCACGGAAUAGCGAUCUCUACGACUGAACGGCCAAAUCGCGGACCGAAACCUAUGGUACCGCCACGUGGAAAUUCUAAGAUCACUCACGAUACCGGCCACAGAAAAUCAGCUAGCGUUGACGUACCAGCAUUGCAAAAAGUUAAAUACGAAUCGCAAAAUCCUCCCCAAGAUCAGAUUCAUCGUAGCGAGGGUGCGAUUAUCGUUCAAGGAUCGCAAAUCGCUGCGGGUGAGACGCAAGAAAGGAGAUAUCUGACAACGAUAAACCAAAAUCCUAGAACAAGACAGGAUGGUCUCUACGUUGACGCGAACGGAGACCAAACGGUUAGGGAAAAGGUCGCAGAUAAUAUCAGUACGGAGUGUGGUUUAUAUGUUUCGAAAUCUGAGCACAGAAAGUCCAUAUCCGUAGACGUUACUACGAGUUUCCAGAGACGCAACGAUACCAUCACUUUUACGUUCCCGGCAGAUGGAAAUCAAGAUAUGACCGUACAAUCGAGAAAACCAUCGACGGUUAUUGAACCGAAAAGAGUCGAGGGAACGCAAGUAUUUCCGACAGAUCAGAGAAGAUUGGACGCUAGCUUGCGCGUCUCACCUAUGGCGUUCGAUGCGAGACAGGAAAAUCGAAAAAGCGUUGCCACGGAUAGAAAAGUAGAUUGGGGUAACGUAAGCCCAAAUCAAAGAGUCGUCAUACCGCAAGAAAGUAGACGAUCGGAUUAUUUCGAAGAACAUAGAAGAUCACCGAUGAAUUUGGAAGGUAAGAGAGUGGAAGACGUGAGAAGAUCACCCAUGCCUUUUGUUCCGAUUCGUGAUAAUUCCGCCGAUCGAGCGAAUCAAAAGAGUCCUUCGUUUGUUAAUCAAAAUUUCGAAAAGACCAGACAGGAACUUGCAAUGUGGGCCGAACAAAGGCAACGUCAGGAAUUAGAAAGGAGCAUGAUGCAAAAUCAAAUAUUUUCUACUAGUCCGCGAUCUCGUAAUCAGUCCGAGGAGAGAAGAGAAUCACGAUCGUUGCAUCCAUCGGAAGAACGUAAAGAAACUAGAAUGUCGCAAUCGGCUUUUCAACCUUUGCCGAAUAUCAGUCAAAGUACUAUAAUGGAACAGCGUCGUCAUUUGCGACAUGUAAGCGCGGAUCUAACGAAACACAUGGAAUUGUCUCGAAAAGAUUUUGACGAUCAACCGAUCAGUGGUUCCGUAGCUAAUCUUGGUCCAGGCACUGCAAGUACCGUCUCGUCGCAGAGAGCCAGUCCAAAUCUUUGUCAUCAAUAUCCAGCUUUAAGCGAAGCUAAAUUAGACACCAAAACCGUAUUGACAGUGGUCACUGAUUUCGGAGAUUCGAAUUCUACCAAGCAAAGCGAUCAAGUCGAUCACAUAAUACACAGUCACAGAAAGAGUCAUAAUAUAUCGUCGAGUUUGUUAACUCACAGCAAAAGUCAAACGGAAUGUUUGCAGAGUCAGCUCGAUUCACAAUGCGAAAAAUCGGAUACCCUACAAGCUCAACAACAACAAUUACACAAUCAGCAAAGUCUCGAUUUAAUCUCGGAAAAACUAAGCCAAUUCGAGCGUCAACAAAGCGACCUCCAGGCCAAACUGCAAUGCCUACAAAAUCAAAAUCAGAUUUUGGAUAAGGUCGCACAAUUUCAGCAUCAGCAGAGCGACUUGCAGGCACGAUUGCAAAGUUUGCAAACGCAGAAUCAAAUUGGUAGCGAUAAGAUUCAACGACAGGCUACAGAAAUUCAACAGCACGCCAUUGGAAAUGACGUACACCAAAUACAAAUGAGUCCACUAUGUAAUCAUCAAGACCAUUUGGACAAGACAACCUCUUUGUCACAGAACCAACAUCAGGCAGUGCAUAGUCACCAUCACAGUUUAUUGACCACCACAUAUCCGCAAAGCUCGAGCCUUCAAGCUUGCCCGUCGUCCGUUUGUGAGAAACUAUCUCCGCGUAUCCAACACGACGUCAAUGAUCCGAAUUCCAUUCAAAUACCUAACAUGUCGCAGAUGCCACUUCCUUGUCUCCCCCAGUUCGAUCGUGCAGACACGUCGCGCGGUUCGUUCUCGCAGUUUCAUCGACUUCAUUGUCAAAUCGACAGUCACGAUGGUGCAUCUGCGACAUCGGCCAGCGGAGUUGUUGGCAGUACAGUUGGAGUUAGUGGAAAUGUCGGUGGUGUUGGUGGUGGUGGUGGUGGUGGUGGAGGUGGUGUUGGUGCCACUACGACGAGCACCUUCACUGGGACUCUCAAGAAAGUUCCUCCGGAGAAGCCACCCAGACAGUCCUUGACCGUGCAGUCUCCGGAAGCAGAGAGUAAUAGGAGCCAACCAGCGAUCGGACUAAAACAGACACCGAAAGCACGGCCGACGAUUUUUGGAACAGUCGCCUCGGACCUGAAUCCGAAAGAUGGCAACAGUCGAAGGAGCUUACCGCAAACUCCAGCCGGUGGUGUCGGUGGAAAAGGUGGAGGAGGUAGUGGCGUUCCUGGUUCUGGCAUGGUCAAUGGUGCUGGUGCUGAUCAUCAGGAUAUUCGCGAUGGUACAGCUAUAAAUACCGAACACGCUCUGGUGUACCGAGACGGAAACCUAGUUUCUGGAUCCUUGGAAGCUUUAGUACAGCACAUGGUACCAACUGAGGAAUAUUAUCCCGAUCGUGCUUACCUCUUCGCCUUUUUGCUAAGCGCGAGACUCUUCAUCAAACCGCACGAGCUACUGGGUGAGGUUUGCGCCCUUUGCGAGCAUCAGCAAAAUCUCAAUGGAGAAGGUGGAAAGGAACGACUACACCGUUUCGUGCCCCGACUGGUGCAGCUGUUGGCAGAAUGGACGGAGACUUUCCCGUACGAUUUUCGGGACGAAAGGGUGAUGGGUCACGUCAGAUCCAUCACGCAGAAGGUUGCUGCGGUCGACGCGGCGGCGCGACAGGAAGUUUCAGCCUUGCUACAGAACUUACUUCUCAGGCUCACAGCCCUUGAGAGGUACGAGGAGGGCCUAGCUAGAUUGGCCACCGAGGCGGCGACUGAACAGCUCACGCAGGUGGACAUUACCGAGCUCUGUCCUUCUGCCACGGUACUGGCACAACAAUUGACUCACGUGGAACUCGAGAGGCUCUCUUACAUCGGCCCCGAGGAAUUUGUCCAAGCGUUCGCUAAGGAAUCACCGCAUUUGGAAACAUCUUUCAAGGAUAUGAAAAAGACUCGAAAUUUGGAGUCUUACGUUCAGUGGUUCAAUCGAUUGAGUUAUUUCGUAGCAACCGAAGUGUGCAAGCACGCAAAAAAGAAACAACGCGUGCGCGUAGUAGAAUAUUGGAUAGAAACUGCGAGGGAAUGCUUUAAUAUUGGCAACUUCAACUCACUGAUGGCGAUCAUUGCCGGUUUGAAUAUGUCUCCAAUAUCGCGGCUGAAAAAGACGUGGUCUAAAGUACAAUCGGCCAAGUUCUCGAUCCUGGAACAUCAGAUGGAUCCAAGUAGCAAUUUUAGCAGCUAUCGUAGCACCCUAAAGGCAGCAAUGUGGCGUAGCGCCGGCGCUACGGAUGAACGACAACGAAUCGUCGUGCCCUUCUUUAGCCUGUUGGUCAAGGAUCUAUACUUUCUCAACGAGGGUUGCAGCAACAAACUACCAAACGGGCACAUCAAUUUUGAGAAAUUUUGGCAACUGGCAAAGCAGGUUACGGAAUUCAUCGCGUGGAAACAAGUAGCCUGUCCGUUCGAAAAGAAUCCUAGAGUUAUAGCCUUUUUGCAAGCGAGUCCUGUGUUGACUGAAAAUGCAUUGGCUUUAGCAUCAUUCGAAUGCGAACCACCUGAUAAUAAUCCCGAAAAGGAACGUUACAAAGCUUUAAAGUCUGAAAUGAACGCCCAGUGAAAACAAGAUUCGCUGCAACACGUUGAGCAGGAACGUUACUGAUAAAGAAUAGUAUAUAUACGUAUAUGUAUACAUAUACAUAUAUACACUGUUCUAUAUACAUAUACAUAUACAAACAAGUUUAUAAAUAAUUAAUAUAUUCGUUACGGUAUCCAGUUAAAAUCUCCUGCGAAAAGAGAAUGUGUUCUCGAUGGGAGGAAGGAAAAAAGAAAAAGCAAGGAAAGAAUAAAUAAGGAAGUAAAUAAGGAAGAAAGUAAGAAACGAAGAAAAAGACAGAAAUAAAGCUAAAAGGACACAUUGAGAAGAGGAAUAAACUAGAAAGAAAACAAAUUCCAAAUAUAAAAAAAGGAACGGUUUUAAAGUAUUAAACGGAAUAAGCCUAACAUCGCGGAUGUUGUAAACUCGUCGUAUCACAUGAUUGCACUCGCGAUUAAAAAUUGCGCUAUAGUGAGAUCCUCGCGUUGUUAAAAAUCGAUUAAGCAUCUGCUUGACCCGUAUAGUCAUCGGCAAUGUAAAAAUGAAGCUCGAGCCGACCUCGUUGCGAUACGGAUGAAAAUGUAAUCCUUCGGGUAAUAUUCCUGACGGCCUUGGUAGGCCAUCGACAAGAGAGUAGUAUAGCUGUAUGAACGUAUCGAGCAGUUCGCGAUUAAAAAGCAAGGAAAAGUAAAGGUAUGGACUUGCACGAUGAGUUAUGCUCAGAUGUAGGCCAACGUUGUGUCGAUGGGGUGUGGGUUGUGGGUGGAGUUGGGAAUGGGGGCUGGGCAAGAUCGAUUCGCUAAAUAAUUUUUCACGAUUGCAAAUGACAAUGCGGGUCUCGCGAGAUCGAAUAAACAGACCUAUUCUUCGAAAUCAGAUUUCGGAAUUGAUCUGUUAUUUACAUUUAAAAAAAAAAUAAAAAAUAGAGAGAAAUAAAUAGAAAAGGGGAAAGAAAAGAAAAGAGAGAGAGAGAGAGAGAGAGAGAAAAUGAAAGAAAACUUAAAAAAGAAGAUGCGAGAUUUUCCUUUCGUUAGAAAAAAAAAAAAAAGAAGAAGAAAACGAGACAUAAAAAAGAAAAAAAAAAGCAAGAAAACGUUAGGAAAAUUAUCAGCUUCUACGAGCGAAAAAAAGGAAUCCGUUACUAAACUCGCGGAUGAUAUUAAGUAUUUAUAUGUAAUGUAUGUAUUUUACGAAGAGAAAAUGAUUUCGCUCGGACAAUAUCGCGCGUGAACAGUAAGUAUAGUUCCUAAGUCCGAGGCCCAAGUACCGGCUGAAUCUCGAAAGUUCUUCGAAUAUCCUCCUUUACGUAUUUUUCUUUUUUCUUUUUUCUUUUUUUUUCUUUUUUUUGUUUGCUUUUCUUUUCCAAUGAAUAUUAUAGGAAAGAGAGAAUGACGAAAGAUCGACGAAAAUCUUAACGAGAGAAGAAUAAGAAUAAGAAGAAGAAGAAGUAUAAUCGGAGUAUUCUCGAGAAACGAUCCGUGACAUAGCCGAAUCCUUUUGUACAUAUUCCUUUUGAUAUAACGCUAAACGGACUCCUAAGUGUCAGAAGUAGGUUCGUUCCUGUAGUUUCUAAGUUCGAAUAUAGAAUCAUAGAUAUCCGAUAAGAGAAAGAGAGAGAAAUAAUUAAAAACAAAAAAAAAAGAGCCACACUAUGAUCAUUGUGUCCGUACUUAAUAAAGUCAUAGAGAGAGAAAAAAAAGAUAAAAGAAUAAAAUGAAGAGAAAAAGAAUAAGAAAAAGAAAGAGAGAACUAGAGAUAGAUAGAGAGACGAUGAGAAAGUCAUAAGAACUCGUACGUGGUGUUAAAAUCAGUGUAUGCAAUAUUUGCCUGUCGUUCAAAUAAUUCUAACGACGUGAUCGACGUUAAAAAACAAACGAAUCGUUUUAAAAUACCGUUCUCUGAUAAUGUCUGUUUGAAGGUCUUGCAAAAUGAUUUAGGAAAAAAAAGAAAAAUCUAAUACGUUUGACAAAUGAAUGAGAAACGUAUUGAACCGGAAAAUAAGAGGGGAAGAAAGAAAAGAGGGGGUCAAACGUUGGAAAGAUUCAAUCAAAACGUUCGAUCUAAGACAAUUACAUUGACUUUUACGAUCUCGAAUCGGAAAGAAGAAGAAAUAUGAUAGAUAGAUCAUACGAUUUUACUAAUAUCCGGCGUUGUUUUCUUUCUUUGCCUGCACGUGAACUCGAGAGUACGAAAGGAAAACCUUCUUCAAAUAUUUAGGGACCAAGAGUUCGCUUUUCCUGGGUACAUAGCGCAAUCCGAGUCAAAAGAUAAGAAAAUGGGAAAAAAGAAUAAGAAUAAGGUAAGAUAAAAGAAAGAAAAAUGAAAGGGAAUAAAAAGGAUAAGGUAUAGAGGUAAGAAAGGUAAAAAGGGGAAAAGAAAUUAAAACGAAGUCACGAACAAUAGCAACGUUUUACCCGCCCCGUUCGCGAAAGUGCCGAAAUAUAAGAGCGGAUAUUAAAAAAAAAAGAAAAAAAAAGCAAAAGAAAAAAGAAAAAAAUAAAGGAUGAAGAUCUCGAAAAUGUCCACGAAAGUCAACAAAAUGAUCGCAAGUAACAAAGAAAGUAUAAAAAUUCAUUGAUCGAUCGAAUCGCGAAAAAAUAAUCCGUGAGUCAUCGAACGCCAUGGACACUCUACUCUUGCCAUUCUUUCCAUUUAUUUGAAUAUAACAAACGAUCACGUAAUUUUUAUUUUUCUUCUUCUCGUGUCGCGUCUAACGUGUAAAAACGUGUGUGUAUUACGAAUUAACGAAGUCGUUUCCAUCAUUAGGUUCCUAAUAUAAUAAAUAUUUCAAAUAAAAUAAUAUACGAUCUUCAUCCUUCACAAAGUAGAAACGCAUGAAAGUACAUUAUUACAAAAUAUAGCGAGAUCUUUGUAAUAAAAAUUAAUUAAAAAGAAAAUACCCUCCCAUCCCCCCUUCAAAAAUAACAAGAAGAAGAAGAAAAGAAACACGACCGUACAUCGAGAAAAGCGAAAUUCUUGAAAAAAAAAGAAAAAGAAAAAUAUAAAGAAAAGAAGAAAAAAGAAAAAAAAAA